AUGCUGUCGCGCGCUGCCCGAUUCGCUCCCCGAGCGAUAAUCGCCUCUUCCAUUCGGCCCUCCGUUGCCAUCGCGAGGCACCUGCCCCAGGCCGUCGCCACUCCUUCCGCCGCGCGAUCCUACCACGAAAAGGUCAUUGACCACUAUGAGCGACCGCGAAACACGGGUUCUCUGCCCAAGGGAGACGUCGAUGUUGGCACAGGUCUUGUCGGUGCCCCUGCUUGCGGCGACGUCAUGAAGCUCCAGAUCCGAGUAGAUCCCGAUACCAAGGUCAUCUCCGACGUUCGGUUCAAGACUUUUGGCUGCGGCUCGGCCAUCGCCUCGUCCAGCUACCUCACCGAGCUUGUCAAGGGCAUGACCCUCGACGAAGCUGCUCGCGUCAAGAACACCGAUAUUGCCAAGGAGCUCUGCCUCCCCCUCCACUGCUCGAUGCUUGCUCAGGAUGCCAUUCAGUCCGCGAUAUCAAACUACUACACCAAGAACCCCACGGCUAAGCCCACCAACCUUGGCGGCACCGAGAAGAAACUUCACGAACACGCUGCAGAGGCCGUCUCCGCUUAG